GCCUGCCUCGGUCGGCGCUGAUUGGCUGGUGCCCCUGGAUAUCGCAGCACGCACAGCCAAUCACAACAAUGCCCUGGUCAAAAUGCUCAUUUCCCAGCUUGCCUUCCAUGCAGGCCAUCAUCUUUCUCUUCAUGGCGGCCGCCUGGAGGCGCUGUUUGUGCAGUGGCUUUGCCGCCUGUACUGCCCACCGCUCACUGCUGGCGGCCACCACCCCCCCAGACCUCAUCUCUCCUCGCCCGCCGUGCUUCUUUUUCCCUUUUCUUCUCUUCUUCAAUCAACUUGGCCUCGUCGACAGGCCAUUCGGUUCCAGCGUUCAAUGUGCAUUUGAAUUAGUCCUUCUCUUCAACCCACGCUCUCUUUCUUCACCUUUUCCUUUUUUGGGGUCCAGUCGCUUCAUUCUUUCAGCGACUCCCCCGUCCAGUCCUUUGCAACAGUGCACCACAACACGGCCGUCCGCGCCCAGGCUUUCGAAACACGCUCUCUAACCGUCGACUCCUAACCACCGACAUUUUUCUCGUUUCACAUAACUCUACUUACAAUUGUCCCGUUUUAUUUUAUUGAUUUGCUCGGCCUUGUACUCUUCCUGAACAAUUAGACAAUGGCUCCUACAACCCACAACAUCCUGGCCCAGCGUGCCCCCAAGAUGGCGAUUGCUCUCCAGCCUAUUAUCCGUCCGGACCGUCACGUCUUUGCUCGCUCCGACAUCUCCGAGAACGCCAUCAACGUUGUCCUUCUUGUCCUUGGCUUCACCUUCUUCACCCUCAUCAUUGCCUCAGCCGCCUUCCUCUUCCGCCGCAGACGCCAGAACCAGCAGCGCCGCCGCCGCGCCGAGACUCUCCCCGCCUACAGCAAGGGAAGCAGCCUCUCCAUUGAUGAGAAGCACGACAACCGCGCCAGCGUCGUAUACAUUGGCCGUGAUGGCCAGCCCAUGCUCCAGAACCCCGGAGCGCCGCCACAGUCGCCUGAAAACGUCCCCGAGAUUCACAUUACCUUCCCUGACGAACAGGACGAGAGCGGCCGCCAACAAAGCGGACGCGUUCUGAUUGUCCGUGUCGGUGACAACGCCACCAUUGGCCUCGAGCCCAUGGACGAACAGCUCCCCGCGUACGAGAAGGAGUCCAAGACGCAGUUCAAGACCAUUGACAUGGACUCCAUCGGUGGACUUAGGGAGAAGGAACGAACCGUUUACAACUAAUGACGCCAAAACAUAUCACCAACCCGCCAGCCACGAUGCUUUUCAUAUAGGCGGUAAUCUAUGAUGCAGACUUUUCUUGUCGCCAGAUUGCACCCAUUUCAACACCCGACAUAGCAACAUCGAAGCCAUUUACAAUCAGCAGACACAACCCAGCACAGCGAGCCAAUCUUUGUUUUCCGUCAUUUUUUCUUCUUCCUUGUUACUUUGCAUGCCGCCCUUUCCAGAUCCUGGUUUUAGCUGCUCCUCUUCACACUUUCUUCACAACGCGCAAAGUAAGCCUCGCACGCGACCUGGGCAGGCCCAUCAAUUCAUCAUCCGACGCGCCUCUUGUUCCUCUUUUUUUUUUUUUUAAACAAACCACCGUCUUUCUUCUUGUGCGCCUUGUUCACACGGCACCGAUGAGAAAGCAUCCUAUUUCUAUUUGGCGAAAACCUCUUUCCUUGCUUGGUCAAAAGCGGCCGUUUUUGGCUAAUCAUGUACACACAACACAUGGCAGGGAUAGGUGUCUAGCGUCUACGGUGGCACCAAGCUCACGAGGCACAUCAUACCGGGGUAUAUAGCUGUAUAUUUCAAUAGUGCAUAAUUGUACAAGCACCAAACUGGUUUCGAGCACCUUUAUCAUACUACAAAUCUGUUCAUUCUCUCUCUUAUG